AUGUCGCGGUGUUUUAAUAAUUUUAAUGUCAUCUGUGUUGGAUCAACUGAGGGAAUAUACAACCAUUCUAUCACUAAAUUCAAACCGCAGGAUGCCACCACAAACCCAACGCUAAUUCUGGCCUCUUCUCAGCAGCCAGAGUACGCUCAUUUGAUUACGGACGCCGUUGAAUUUUCGCUUGCAAAAAAGUCCCCUCGAUUAUCUUUCGAUACGCAGGGGACCAUCGAGAAGGCUAGAAGACUAAUCGGGUUGUAUGAGAAUGAAAUGAAAAUCCCGCGAGCAAGGAUCCUAAUCAAGAUAGCCGCCACGUGGGAAGGAAUCGAGGCUGCAAAAAUGCUGGAAAAAGAAGGGAUACACUGUAACCUGACCCUUUUAUUUGGAUUUCCACAAGCAGUUUGCUGUGCGGAAGCCGGUGUUACACUGAUAUCGCCAUUUGUUGGUCGUAUCUAUGACUGGUAUGUGAAGGAGACCGGAAAAUCCUACUCCCACGCAGAAGACCCCGGGGUGGAAUCAGUGAAACGAAUUUACAAUUACUACAAGUUCUUCUCCUACAAGACAACAGUGAUGGGGGCCUCGUUUAGAAACAUCGGUCAAGUGCUUGAGCUUGCAGGUUGCGAUGCUUUAACGGUCUCCCCGACGCUUCUAUCACAGUUGCAAGCCGAUUGUAAAACCAGAAUCGAAAGAAAAAUGUUCAAUUCUGCUCCUGAGCACUUGAAACUUCAUCGGGUUUCGUUCGAUGAGAAGGGAUUCCGAUUUGCAAUGAAUGAAGAUCAAAUGGCAACAGAAAAGCUUUCAGAGGGGAUCAGAAAAUUUUCAGAGGACGCUGCCAAGCUCGAGGCGCUUUUGCUUGCCAGAUUCUAG